AUGACUAGUCUAUUACUAUCUUUAUCUAAUUUAUUACUUUUACAAAUCAUAACAUCAAUUGAAGAUAAUGUAGAUAUAAUAUGUUUAUUGUUAACUUGUAAAAAGUUGUAUCUUUUUAAUAAUAGUAGUAGUUUUAGAAGAUCGAUUCAGUUUAAAGGAAUAGGUGAACCAAUCAACAAUGGACAAAUAUCAAAAGAGUUUAUAGCAACAGUCACUCGAUUCAACCUCAAAUCAUUUAAAGAUAUAUUGGUGAAUAGUAUAUCGAAUCAAUUUGUUGUAUUGCCUGACGUUUAUAUAAUUCAAAAUCACUCUACAAAUGCGAUCAAAGUCCCCACCAAUACAACAACAACAACAACAAACAUAGAUGACACUUGCAACAUCAAAACUGCUUUGGUGACUAGUUUUAACAAUACAUUGAUAGAGUCUAUCUUCAAGAUACCAUCAAUAGAGACAUUAUUCAUUGACGACAUUCCGAAAGUGGUAGAUCUUACAUCUAUCUCACUCUUGCCAAAUCUCCAACGACUAUCAGUUUGUGCAAACAAGUUGAUUAUUGGUCCUCAUUCAUCACUCAAGUCUCUUCAACUAUAUAUGCAUACACACACUACAAGUGAAAUGGAUCUAUCUAAAUUUGUAUCACUGACCGAGCUGACCUGUCUCUAUGCACCAAAUUUCGGACCGGGUCUCCUGCCAAGUAGUCUAACAUCACUUACUAUUGGACCAAUAGAUAUACCUCCACGAAAUGCAUUCCUUUCAUUGACAUCACUAGUAUACCUCACGAUCAACAUUGACAACGAAAAAGAAUUGGAAGAUCAACCACCAAGCAUCGAUCUCGAGAGUUUGCACAAACUCAAGUCAUUCGAGUUGAAUGAUCCUGCAGAGACCUAUUGUAUCGAGAUUAGUAUACCUCCAUCACUCAAAAUUCUCAAACUCUGGUCUGAAAGUGUACUAAUCCCACCUCGAUAUACACUACCAUUGUUGGAGAAAUUGUACGUCAAACAACGGUUAUUGAUUGAUGGUAAAGUCACUCUUUUGUCAUGUCCAAUGAUAAAGAAACUAUACCUAGACAACUGCAUUGAAGAGAUUCCAGCCCAUAUCAUGAUCCCAUCAACUGUCAAAAAGCUUUCAAUCGAUAAAUUCAUCAAAGAAGAUAUUCUUGGACAAUUUUUAUUCCCACCAUCACUUACUCAUCUAUCUUUAUUAGGAAGAUAUGAGCCUAUCCAAUCACUACCUAAAUCACUCAUCAAACUCAAACAGAAAAUCAACGAAUCAGCACUUUCUCAGCAUUUGAAAAUACUUGAUUGGAAUCUUGUUAAUUUCACAUCCAACAAUGAUAACAACUAUCCACCACAUCUUACAACACUAAAUCUAUUUAAUAUUCAAGGUGACUUUACAAUCCAAAUACCACCCAUCACCAAAAACCUAUCAAUAUCAUUGGAUCCUAUCCAGUCUCCAAAUACUCAUCCAAUCUAUUCAAUCACCUCAAGGAUAAACAAACCCAGCGAUCAAUCACAACAACAAUGGUUUCCAACCAAUACCACUCAUCUAACUUGCGAUUUAAAGGGCCCUAGAAAAAACUCAAUUUUAUUUAGAUUGGAUGAAAUAAUCAAUCACACCAAUGUUAGAUAUUUAACUAUAGAUUAUUAUGCUACUUUAAAAUUUUCAAUUCAAAGAUUGGAUCCAGAAAAUAACAAUGUAAUGGUAUUGGAAAGACAGUCACUUACAGGUGGAAUAAUCAAGAAAAAUCAAUCAAAUCAUCCAGUAUAUUUAUAUUGUGAUAACAGCUCUUCCUCUCCCUUUGAAUUUAGUUGGAGACUAUUUGCUGAAACUAACACAAAAUAA